GCCAGUCAGUCAGUCAAGCCAGCUUGCGAGCCUUCCCUUCAGUGCCCUCCGGGUUCUCACUCACUCUCGCCCUCUCGCUCACUCGCUCGUUCGCUCCCUCCCUCGCCAGGGCUUGUGUCUACCGCGGGGGCUUAUUUAUUUAUUUAUUUAUUUAAUACCUAUAUUUAUUUUUGUCUCUCGUUUCCGACACGAGGCCGGUGCUAGUGAAUCGAGAGCAGCAGCACGAUUUCGACCUUCGGCGCUGUGUCGGAGACGAGGAGGUUUCAUGUAGGUAGCCGUCUGCGGUGUGACGCUAGGAACCGAGGCCGUGAGGAGGAGACGGAAGAGAAGGAGGAGGAGGAGGAAUGCGUUCGGACAGUUGCGGACGGACGUGGUGCGGGUUAGGAGCGUAUGGAGAGGUGUUUGGUUGUGUCCAGGUAGUGGAUGUGCUGUAGCGAGGGUGAUCGUGGAGCGUGCCGGUGGGAGGGAGAGAGGGAAUUUUCGGUGUUGUUGUAGCUAGGGUUUGGAAUCGGCGUUUUGGGGGUUAGAGGGGUUAGGGUCGGGUUAGAUCACUGAGAGAGGUGUGUAGACUGGGGUAGUUAAAGAGGGGCGGCUGCUAGCCGCGGGAGCCCUCUGUCUUAUGGAAAGGCAGUCUGAGGUGCAGGAAGCGAAGAGAAGAGCGACUGGGAAACGGAGGCUGAGGAGCAGCAACAACUGCAGCAGUAGCUGUAACGGACAGGGGAUUGGGGACGUGGAGAUGGCCACUGCGACCUUGUCGGUUCCGAGUAGAUCGCAUGGCGGUAGGAAAAAGAGUAACCACAAGAAGAAAAAGGGCGCGAAGAAGGAUGCCCCGUGUCGGAAUGGUCUGAGCGAGCGCGUGGAGACUGUCUCUGUAGUGGAUGCGUCGCCGUCUCCCGAUGCUAAUCGGACUACGUAUCUGCCUCUCUUGGGAACACGUGAAUCUUUAACAGGUAGCGACCCGGGUUCUCCACCCGAGUUUGAUUUGGCGGGGUCGUCGAGAGAAGAUAACGUUGCAAUCAUCCCUGGCCUGUCGGAUACCCUGGCGUUGGUUAUCUUAGCGCUUGUCCCGCUCUCUUAUCAUCAACAAUUGAAGGGAGUGUGUAGGAAAUGGAACAAAUGUUUGACGACGACAAAGACUGGUAACGAGGUUCUGGAGAUGCGCAAACUGCAGGGUGUAAAGGAGACGUGGGUGUUCUUGCUGGCUAGUGGUGGACCGCAGCGCCAUCCGCAGUGCCAUCCCCAGUGGCGGGCCUUCGAUCCAGUGUACAAUAGGUGGAGGUGUUUGCCACAAUGCCCUUGCGACUACACGUUUGACAGCUGCGAUAAGGAGUCUGCUGUCGCAGGAACUCAGCUCUUGGUGACUGGUCAUAGUUCGACUGGUCCGACCGUCUGGAGGUAUGAUCUGCAUACUAACGCCUGGGUGAAAGCUUCGAAGAUGCUACAGAGUCGAUGUUUGUUUGCAUCUGCGAGUCACGGAGAGUAUGCGUACUUCGCUGGAGGAUCAUGUGACGGCGCGGUUUUGAGGUCGGCAGAACGUUAUAACUCUCUGACCGAAGAGUGGGAGCGUCUUCCCGAUCUUCAUGUAAAUCGGAAGUGGUGUUCUGGAUGUAUUUUGGAUAACAAGUUCUUCGUUAUAGGUGGACAGGGUAGUGAAAGGCAGCCACUGACUUCUGGAGAGUAUUACGAUGAGUCAGAGGACAGAUGGGUUACAGUUGAGAACAUGUGGCCGGCUGCUAGGACACAGCCUCCAGGAGAAACAGCACCACCUCUAGUUGCAGUGGUUAAAGAUCAACUGUAUGCUGCAGAUGCCAGCACUAUGGAACUAAAUGCUUACCACAAGGGAACAAAUACGUGGAGACCCCUAGGGCCCGUUCCUUAUCGUAGUGUUGACUCAAGUGGAUGGGGCAUGGGAUUUAAGGCAGUGGGAGAUGAGAUUUUUGUAAUUGGAGGAUCCAGCGACAGGGGUAAUGGAACCUUUUGCGAUCAGAUUCAUGCAUGGCCUCCUGCGCAAAUGCAAAACGCGGAUGGCUGGCGUCAGGUUGGCCAACUCUCUAACACAAGUGGCUUCAUCUAUAAUUGCGCUGUCAUGAUAGUUUGAAGAACAUUUGUGCUUGGCUAAGGUUAAUCCCCGCAUACCUGGUUACAUAUUAGUGACUCAGAGGCAGGAAAGAAGGUAGCAUUGAAGUGGGCCGAGAGAGACUCCAUGCAGAGAGUUCAAUUCAUUCGAAAGAGGCAUUUGACAUGAAAGUCGAUUGCAUGUUCGUACAUUACGAGAAUUGACGGAGAACUCAAUCUGUGCAUCCGAGUUUUCUUGGAGGUAGGAAAUUGGAAUGGCGCAGUAGGAGGAUGACUUCCAGCCUUACCGAAAUUGAAGGCAUGAUGGCCUCCACAUGUGGAGUGAGUUUGGAACGAGAUUGGGGCUGCCAACGAAAGGAUGCAGCAAUGUUGCGGUGGUGGUUUCGGUCUGGAUCUACAGAGGUCAACAUGGAAUAAGCUCUGCAUUUGUAUGAUUGUCGAAUUGUUAGUAGGUUUGCUGGAGAUGCAAACACUGGCCUCCGGGAUUCAAUUUGUAUAGAGGAGAGCUGAAUUGCCAUUCUUUCCAGGAUUUUGUAUUGCAAACCAAAGAAAACCUCGCUGACUAGGCAUGGCUCUGCCUCAAGUUUUCUGGGCCGCAGAGAAACUAUUUGUUGGUAUGAACUUAUUGAGUUAAACCUCUGAGUCAGAGAUCAGGGUUGUUACCUCAGUGUUCAGAUUCGUUGAAGUGGGUAAGGAUGCACUGGCUUCUCUUUCAUUCUUGAUGUCCUUUCGAAGGAGAAGAUUAGGUUUUAGGUUUUUUCUGUAGAUUCUUGUAUUGCAAUGGCAGUCACCUCUGAAACCGGCAGUGCUUGUCUAUAGUACUGAAUACUACCUUCACACCGGUUCCUUUAUGAUGUUUCUGCGGAGUGGGUUCAAAAUUCUCUCCCCUUGUUCCCAUCUCUGCUGUAAGCUACAUCGUGAAUUGUCCUAUGACGCGUAGUAGGUUAGCCGGUACUGCUUCCGUCCUCGCUCGUCUUUUGCUGCUGAUCAUCGUAGUGGUACUUCCGUGUCGUUCUUUGGACACAUCUAUUUAUGUUUCAUCUUCAUAGGCUUGUAAAUGAAAGUGUACAGAGAAAUGCCUAUUCCUCAGAGUUAAGCUUACUCUGAGCCUAUGGCUAUGCUAUUGUAGUUGGUGCCACCUCUUAUAUGGUUCUUCAAUAUGAUUACUUCAAGUAUUCCCUUCCAUUGAA